UUUGGCGGCAAUACAAAACGAAAAUGCCAGGCAUAACGCACGCCCUCCCCAAUUAAUUUAAUUUAAUUUUUCCUUUUUAUCCAACCUUUCCAAUUAAUUAGGAAUAAAUUUUUUUUCCAAUUAAUUAAUUAAACAUUUUAUUCCUUUCCACUCCAACUGUACACUUUGCAGUCACUCUACCUGGUGCACUCUUCUCUUCUUUUUUUCCCGCACAAUCCCAUCAAAAACCCCAAUUUUCGUAACUCAGAAGUUUCCUUUUAUACUUUAGAAAAGAUAAUUUAUAUGGAUUUAUUCGUUACUUUAUUGAUUCGCUAUUCUUUCCUGCUUCGUCUCUAAGCUCUGAGCUCUCCUCCGACUCUCUCACUUUCCCUUUUUCUCCGUGCGGCUCUGAAAGAAGACUGAAAGCUCAAAAAAAAAACCAUGGGAGCUUAUAAUGGCGAUGUAUCACUGGCUCAUCUCCACAAUUUCUCUUCCUACCACGACGUCAGAUUUUUCAAGCACGUUCACGAUAACGUCCAUGGAAACAUUUACCUCGAUCCCCUCUGCUUGAAGUUUAUUGAUACCGAGCAGUUCCAGAGGCUUCGUGAACUCAAACAGCUCGGCUUGACAAAUAUGGUUUAUCCCGGGGCUGUGCAUUCAAGAUUCGAACAUUCACUUGGGGUGUAUUGGCUUGCUGGUGAAUCUGUUCAAAUGCUUAAAAACUGCCAAGGAUUGGAGCUUGAUAUCAAUCGUUUUGAUUUCCAGACAGUGAAGCUUGCAGGACUUCUGCAUGAUGUGGGCCAUGGGCCUUUUAGCCACUUGUUCGAACGAGAGUUUGUUCCUAAAGUUAGCGCUGGCUCUAACUGGUCCCAUGAAACUAUGUCUGUGAAGAUGAUUGACCACAUUGUUAAUGAGCAUCAUAUAGAUAUUGAACCGGAAAUGAUUAAGAAGGUGAAGGAGAUGAUAUUGGCUAGCUCUGAACAUGCUCUUCCAAAAGCUUCAAAUGAGAAGCGAUUUUUAUAUGAUAUUGUUGCAAACGGCCGCAAUGGAAUUGAUGUGGACAAGUUUGACUAUAUUGUCCGUGACAGCCGAGCAUGUGGGCUAGGAUGCAACUUUGAGUUUCAAAGGUUAAUGCAAACAAUGCGGGUUUUGGGUGAUGAGAUUUGUUAUCGUGAUAACUCCCACCUUACUGUCCACAAACUAUUUGCCACUCGAGCGGAUCUGUACCGAACUGUUUAUACCCAUCCAAAAGUAAAGGCCAUCGAGCUUAUGGUGAUAGAUGCCCUGUUGAAAGCAAAUGCUUAUCUUGAAAUUUCGUCUCACCUUGAUGACCCCUCAGAUUACUGGAAGUUAGAUGACACUAUAAUUAGAACCAUUGAGAUAUCUCCAGAUCAAGAACUAAAGGAAUCUAGGGAUUUGAUUCUCCGUAUUCGGAGGAGGAAUUUAUACCAGUUCUGUAAUGGGUAUACUGUACCUAAGGACAAGCUAGAAAAUUUCAAAAACGUCACGGCCCAAGACAUUGUUUGUUCUCAGAAAAAUGGAGGAGUGAUGCUGCAAGAGGAGGAUAUUGCUGUUACCAAUGUCAGAAUUGAUUUAACUCGUGGAAGGCAUAAUCCUCUUGAAAGUAUCCACUUUUUCCAGGAUUAUGAGAGUGAGGAGAAAUUCUGUAUACCUGACGAUCGCAUUAGUCACUUGCUGCCUACUUCAUAUCAAGAUAUGAUAGUCAGGGUGUACUCCAAAAAGCCUGAACUGGUGGAAGCAGUCUCUGAGGCAUUUGAAAAUUUUCAGUUGAAAACGUAUGGGAUUAAAGCACAAGUGCAUGCAACCCCAGAGAAAAAGAAACGCCGCCUAUGAGGAUUUUAUGGUGGAGCUUGUGUACCUAUUUGAGUAGAAACAAAAGAAAAAUACAAAAUCCAGUUGCCACUUUACAAAUUUGAAACAGCUAAGUAUAUCAGAUCACGUAGAGAGACACAUGACUUUUUGCUAUUUUGUGCUCUCAACAAAUUGCGUAUAUAAUAUAGUUUCUUAACUA